GAUUAUAAAAUGCCCUAGAGAAAAGCAGUUUUUCUAAGUAAUUUUCAAUCACCAAUUUAGAAGCAAAAGAAGAAGACAAAGGAAGACGACAAGAAAAAAAAUAUUCUGGACUCUCCAGCUAUAUUACAACAGUAGGGACAAAAGGAAUUUUCUAAAAUGCGUGAGUGUAUCAGCAUUCAUAUCGGUCAAGCUGGAACCCAGAUUGGCAAUGCAUGCUGGGAACUCUUCUGCCUUGAACAUGGUAUCCAACCAGAUGGUUUGAUGCCAAGCGACAAAACAACAGCAGGGGGAGACGACUCCUUCAACACGUUCUUUAGUGAGACUGGAGCUGGUAAACAUGUUCCCAGAGCCAUCUUUUUUGACUUGGAGCCUACAGUCAUUGAUGAAGUUCGUACCGGAACAUACCGCCAGCUAUUCCAUCCUGAGCAAUUGAUCACUGGGAAGGAGGACGCCUCAAACAACUAUGCUCGAGGUCACUACACCAUUGGAAAAGAGGUCAUUGACUUGGUUCUUGACAGGACUCGAAGACUGGCAGAUCGGUGCAAUGGGCUUCAAGGUUUUCUUAUUUUGCAUUCUUUUGGAGGAGGAACAGGGUCUGGCUUCACGUCCCUCUUAAUGGAGCGUCUUUCCGCUGAGUAUGGCAAGAAGUCCAAGCUAGAAUUCGCAGUUUACCCUGCACCUCAGGUGUCCACAGCUGUGGUGGAGCCAUAUAACUCCAUCCUGACCACGCACACCACCCUGGAGCACUCUGACUGUGCCUUCAUGGUGGACAAUGAGGCCAUAUAUGACAUCUGCCGCAAGAACCUGGACAUCGAGAGACCCACCUACAGCAACCUUAAUAGGUUGAUUGCUCAGAUUGUCUCCUCCAUCACUGCCUCACUGCGCUUUGAUGGAGCCCUGAACGUGGAUCUGACAGAGUUCCAAACCAAUCUGGUACCAUAUCCACGUAUCCACUUCCCUCUGGCCACUUAUGCCCCGGUCAUCUCUGCAGAGAAGGCUUACCAUGAGCAGCUGUCAGUGGCAGACAUCACCAAUGCCUGUUUUGAGCCAUCAAAUCAGAUGGUGAAAUGUGACCCUCGUCAUGGGAAGUACAUGGCAUGUUGCCUACUGUACCGCGGCGACGUGGUGCCCAAAGACGUCAACUCAGCGAUCGCCAAUAUCAAGACCAAACGCACCAUUCAGUUUGUAGACUGGUGUCCCACUGGCUUCAAGGUUGGGGUCAACUAUCAACCGCCCACUGUGGUUCCUGGAGGAGACUUGGCCAAAGUGCAGCGAGCUGUGUGCAUGCUGAGCAACACCACAGCCAUUGCUGAGGCCUGGGCUCGACUGGACCACAAGUUCGACCUCAUGUAUGCCAAGAGGGCCUUUGUUCAUUGGUAUGUGGGCGAGGGAAUGGAGGAGGGAGAGUUCACCGAGGCUCGUGAAGACAUGGCCGCUCUGGAGAAGGAUUAUGAUGAGGUGGGAACUGACAGUGUUGGAGACGAAGGUGAAGACGAGGGAGAGGAAUACUAACUGUAAAAUAGUAAAUAAAACAAGGUAAUGAGUGUGUUGCAUGCUUUAAAACUAGAAAAAUUGUUAUUGUUGUUACAGCACAAAUCUAUUAUGAUCUCAAUGAAACUUGAGCUUUCCAGUAUUGAACCAUAAUCCAAAUCCAGUGGCUGCAUGGAAUCGGUCAUACUGACACACUGUAUACAUGCUGCUCUUUGUUCCUGAAAUGGAAUUCACUGACCUUGAACUGAACAUAACAAAGGCUCCUCAAUAAAUUGGGAGGGAUUGUUGCACACCUGUCAAUAAUA